AUGGGCUACUUCUGUCUCGAAGAAGACCAAACGCUGGAGGAUGAGAUGCUUGUGUCAGAUGACAUGGAAAAGCGCAACGUUGGAGUAAGAUAUCCUGACUAUACCCUCGCUAAUCAGCUCCAAUUCGUCAAUCGCGAAUUGCAUACCGUAACCAAGGGUCUUGGUUUGAGAUACAACUUGAUCAUCAUCCGCAACCACCGGGAACUUGACAAGAGCGUUUUGCGACGGUUCUUGAAAUUCAUCGAGCUUUCUACGAUCGAACACAGAAAUCUGACCACUAUCAUUCUGAAGGACCGCGGCGCAAGGGAACGGGAAUGGGUGCCAAACCUCGAAUCAGCAUGCAAAUUCUGCAAACGCAACCCUCACAUUUUUAUCAAGUUACACCAGGAUAAAACUCGUCCAGAUGAAGUCGGCCUUGUCCUAUAUGUAACAUUCAUAAAGCACGUUUACUGGCGAGAUCCUUCGUUCUAUGCGAGAAUUACAGAAGACUCUAUGCUACAACAAGAGCUCCAGACAGGAAAUCAAACAGCCCUUGCUAUCGUACCAGCUCUUCCACAAAGCCUUCGGAUGUUCCCUGCUGAGAAAUCUUUCGACGAAACAGCAUUUCGCUAUGCAUGCUGCGAAGAUUUAGACGAGGGAUGGAUUAUUGGCACUAUUGGUGGUGGUAUCGACACUUGGAUCCUGUUGAUCAGGGAGUGGUAUAAGAAUGGGUUUUGA